AUGUCUUUAGUCUCUGUAUCUGUCUCGAAGGGCACAAGCUCCCUCACUGUCUGGCCUUCAGGACUUUCAGAGCGUUUUCAGAGCGUGAUACGCAAACGCAACUCACCUCUCGGAAGUACCAACGUACUCGAAUCUCAGUCACAACAAGCAAGCAUUCUCAAGAAUCAAGAGGUAGGCGAUGCUUCGAAUGAUCAAAGCACCCCCAAGCUGACUUGGCGCAAAGGAAUGGACUCCACCAUGUUCUGCACCUUUCACUGUUUCGGACAGCUCCCAGUUGAGCUCCAGAAGAUGGUGUGGGAUGCAGCAGCCGCGGCUCUUCCUGUCCUCAGCAUCCAGCGCUUCACGGCCGACUUCACAUUGGCCCAGCAAAAUGCCAACAGCAAUAGCCCGCCACGCCAUCUCCUCUGCUUUACACCCCACGCAGACUUCAUCGAAACCACAUCAGGCCAUCGUCGCUUAUCGCGAGCUUGCCGUCAGUCUCGAGCUGCAGUUCAAGGACACAUCGAUUGCCUGCUCUCCAUCCACUACCUCUCUAUGGAUGCGAGCGGCUUGUUGGUUACCCGUCAAGCCUCGGUUCCGUUCAAUCCUUCCGGUCACUUCUGCAUCAGUGGUCUUGGUUCAGCCAUCCAAGAAGUCAUCAAGGAAGAAGGAGUGGAAGAGUCGUUCAUGGACCAGAUCCAAGGUCUUGAAGACGCCACAUCCCCGAUAAAGAACCUCACGAUCGCUCUCGAUCCUCCCAAGGAUGGCUUCAAUGAACACAAAUUCAUGCACGGAUGGAAUUUGAAUGUUUUUGACGAGGUAUUACUCAAAAUGCCCAACCUCAAAGCAGUCUCUCUCGUCAGCGAGGGUAUUCUAAAUCGACGACAUCACCUCGAUCAGGAGGCCUUCGACAAUAUGCAUCAAAGCGUCCCUUACAUCUUUGAGGUCGAGGAGAAUGUCUACGACCUCACUGUUCCCUGGUCCACCCUUUGGCCAAGAUGGGUGCGCCAGCGCAGUCUCUUCGCCAUUGCAACUCGGUCACGGAUCAUCGAAAUGGAACGGCCUGAGUCUCAGUACUUGACUAGUCUGGGCCUAGUCGACGAUGCUGCAAAGGAUGCUUGGAAGGAGAAGCUGGAGCUCGACUUGAGAGCGAUCAAGGAGUAG